AUGAUGUCACCAGAUGACCGAGCCCUCGACGACCUGUUGUACGGCAGUGACCUUGGUGACGAGGUGGAGGGGGCGGAGCUGGGCAGCGGCGCAGUGUCGGCAGAGGAGAGCGCUGCUGCAAAUAACGCUCCAACAGCUGUGUCCGUCCAGGAGCCAAUGACGUGUGCCGGAUGUGGCGAGCAGGUGCUCGACCGCUUCUUCCUAUUGGCUGCGGGGAGGGUGUGGCACAACCCCUGUCUGCGCUGCAGCCAGUGUCAGUGCGAGCUGCAGACGCACCCGUCGCUGUACUGGAGGGACGGAAACAUCUACUGCCAGCAGGACUACUGCAGGAUGUUUGGAGGGGGUCAGUGUGCUCGCUGCUUCCAGCCAAUCCCAGCUUCUGAUUUGGUCAUGAGGUCUGGUGAGCUGACUUUCCAUCCUCACUGCUUCUCCUGCCAGGAGUGUGACGUGAAAUUAAUGCCGGGGAACUUGUACUGCAUGCAGGGCGCCAACCUCUACUGUCAGUCUCAUUAUCAGAGUGACGGGGGCGUGCAGCCCCCCCCUGACCUGCAGCCCAAACAGCAUCUAGAUGCCCAGGUCUCAGGUGAGGGGGAGGAGUCUGUGAGCAGUCCGGAGCCACGAUCGGACGACAGGGCGGCAGGUGGGCGGAUCCCCAGGAGGACCAAGCGAAUCAGGACGUGCUUCCGCAGCGAGCAGCUCAGAGCGUUGGAGUCGUACUUUGCCCAGAAACACAACCCCGACGGUAAAGACUGGACCUGCCUCGCACACAAGACCGGCCUGCCCAAGAGAGUCCUGCAGGUGUGGUUUCAGAACGCUCGGGCCAAACUCCGCCGUUCCCUUCUCUCCGAUGACUCUCAGGUCAACUCGCCCUCUGCUCUUCCAAGAGCUGCCGCCAUGGCAACUAGUCCCUCAUCCCCAACCUGCUCCCCGCCGGACCGGUCGCAGCCUUUUCCCACCAGCACCAUCGACCAGCUGCAGCUGUCUCUGCUCACCUCCCCGCUCAGCCACCCCUCCCAGGAGCUGCUGCAAAGCCCCGACUUCUUCCCGGACUACGACUCCCAGAGUGCACCGGGGUGCAUGUCCACCCUGGAGGUCCACGGCGACUUUGGGGAGGCAGGAGGUGGAGAAGUUAACCCGGAUGCUUUUGGUCCACAUUACUGUUAGUCAUGAAAACACAAUGAAUACUUAAAUGUUCAGCAGGUAGACGGAGUUCAAACUGUGACGAGC